AUGGGGGGCCCUAUUUGCCAAGAGAUCCGCAAGUUCGGAUGUGGACACACAGCGGAUUAUCAUCAUCCAUGCAACAAAUUUCCUGAGCACGGGAAAGAGGGCCGUAGCUCCAGGCUAUCACAACGGUUGCAAGGCUUCUUUUCGCGUCGUCCAAAGGUUUGUAAGGAUCGCCGUUUUUCUCAGGACUGCGUCAAGUGCGAGGAAUCCAGUGACAGUGAUGCAUCUUCGGCAUCUGGUCCGGCAGACGCAGCAGCCGACGUGAAGGACCAUCACGUUUCGAACGCAAACCAUGACAACUGUUCACCGCAGGACACACGAGAAGACGAAAAACAGCAGCCUCUUACCGUUAGAGUCAGCGCUGGAUUGGACAAGACUCUCGCGGAAUUAAACCCAACCAUUCGUGCCGUUCGGGACAGUUCUGCAUCGGAUGAGUCCCUCUUGCCAGUGGAUUCCAUAACGAGCAGCGGGACACAAUUUGCAUCAGAGUCUCUCGAUGAUCGAGACAUCGUACAACCCGGCUUAUCCUCGAAAUGCGAAAACCAUCCGAUAACCAAAGGCAAGCUCAAGCCGCCUCCCGUUCAAUUCAAGUUCCUGGGAGAGGAGUCACGCAAAUGGGAGUUGUUCUGGAAGAAAAGAACUCCGUCUUCGGAAUCAAUGGUUUGCGAAACAGCACUUCGGAGAGAAGAGAUAGGGGCCAUGUUUUGA